CCACCCUCACACAGCUCUAUCACGUACUCUCAGUUUCCCCCGUCGGCCGUCGCCCCCCUUAGGGUUUUUGCUUUCUCUCUCCAAGGGUUUUAGUUUUUUUUUGAUCGGCCGCCCUCACCAGAAUGGUCGAAUUAAACGAUGCUGAUUUAGUCACUGAUGAUAAAUCUGGCCUUGCAACUGAUAUCAAGAUUGAGGAUGCUGCUGCUAAGCUCUGGGUUGUGCCGGAGAAUUUGUCCCACAACGUCGUGAAGCGUGUCGAGGUGCUAAGGGAGAUUCAGAGUGAACACGAUGUUUUGGAGGCGAAGUUUUGUGAGGAGAGAGAAUCUCUUGAAGCUAAAUACCAGAAGCUGUAUCAACCAUUGUAUACCAAGAGAUAUGAAAUUGUGAACGGUGUGGUUGAAGGAGGCAUAACUGAGUCAGGGACAACAACCGAGGAGAAAGGAGUUCCGGAUUUCUGGCUAAUUGCAAUGAAGAACAACGAAAUACUUGCUGAAGAGAUUUCCGAGCGGGAUGAAGGGGCACUCAAAUUCCUCAAAGAUAUAAAGUGGUCCAGAAUUGAUGAUCCGAAAGGCUUCAAGCUUGAAUUCUACUUCGACACCAACCCGUUCUUCAAGAACUCUGUCCUGACUAAAAUUUAUCACGUGUUUGAUGAAGAUGAAGAGGAACCUGUACUAGAGAAAGCAAUUGGGACGGAGAUAGAUUGGUAUACAGGAAAAUGUUUGACAAAAAAGAUUCUGAAAAAGAAGCCGAAGAAUGGGCCCAAAAAUGCCAAGCCAAUUACUAAAACAGAACAGUGUCAAAGCUUCUUCAACUUUUUUAGCCCACCCGAUGUUCCGGAUGAUAUUGAUGAUGAAAAUGCUGCUGACGAGCUCCAAGAGCUCCAGAAUCUGAUGGAACAAGAUUAUGAUGUUGGGGCAACCAUUCGAGACGAAAUCAUUCCUCAUGCUGUACUAUGGUUCACUGGAGAAGCUGCUGAGGACGAGUAUGGUGAUAGUGAAGAUGAAGACGAUGAAGACGAUGAAGAUGAUGAUGAUGAUGACGAGGAUGAAGAUGAAAUCAAGAUCACGAAAAAGAAGGGCGGACGGGCAUCUGCUGGAGAAGGACAGCAGGGUGACAAGCCUGCAGAAUGCAAUCAACAAUAAUUUUUUUGUUUUGGCUUUGUCAUUUUUCUAUAUUAUUAUUAUUUAUUAUAUUUAUGACUUCAUAUAGAGUGAAUUUCAUCCAAUUUUGUGUUCUUUGGUUUAUAAAUUAUUUAUUUUGAAAUUCAAUUUUAUUUAUUUAUAUUUUUAUAGUCA